AUGAUGAAAAACUUUGAAGUAAAUUCUCCUAAGAAAUUGAUAAGAACAAUAGAAGAGGAAACAAAUGAAGAAGACAAAGAAGAAUAUUUAAUUACGAAUUUAACUGAAAAUAAUAAAAAUAUGCCAAGUGUUUUUAUAAGAAUCCCAAGAAAUUUAAAUAAAUUUUUAAGUAAUGAAGAAACUACUAUAAAAUAUAAUGAAAAUAUUAAAUCAUCAAAUAAUAAAAUGAAUAAAGAACAAAAAUUAACAUCCUUUAAAAUGGAUAAUAAAUAUGAUAUAAAUUCUGAAGAAAAAAUAAGUGCCAUGGAUAAUAUAGUUUUAGAUAGCACAUAUCAAUCAGAUUCAACACAUGAAAGUAUAUCUUUCUUUAACAAAAUGAAUGAACAAAAUUAUACACCUGACAAUAUUAAUAAUGAGAAUGAAAAUAAUAAUUCUGAUAGUAAUGAUGAUAGUAAUGAUGAUAGCGAUGAUGAUAGUGAUAACUAUAGCGAUGAUCAUGGUGAUUAUUAUUCUGAUGAUGAUAAUCCUAUGGAUGAAUCAUUAUUAAAAUCUUUUAAAAAUAAAUUUGUAGAUAUAUACGAAUCCAAUGUGUCCAACAAUGAAUAUAUUACAUUUAUUAAAAAUCAUACUAAAAAUGAACUAGAACAUUUUUUACAAAGAAGAAAACUUCAUCAUACAAAUGAAAUGAAAGUUAACGAUAUUAUUAAUAUAGAUUAUGAUAAGUUAAAUGAAAAAAAUAUUAUUCCCUAUUUCUUAACUAAUGUUUUCGAUAUGGAACAGAAAAAAAAAAGAGAAAAAAUGAAAUUAGAAUUAGAAAAAAAAAGAAAAAUCUUGGAAGAAAAACGUAAAACAAAAAACAAAUUCGAAGAUAAGGGUAAAGCUAAAAAUGACACAACUAUUAAUGAAAAAAAAAAAAAAAGAAAUGAAAAUGAUAAGGUAGAUACAAAAAAAAGUGUGAAGAAUUCCACAAAGGUUGGUAAUACACAAAAAGGUGUAAAAGAAGGGAAAAUGAAAACAGAAGAUGAUAAUGAUAAUGAUAAUUCAUACGAUGAAUAUGAUGAUGAUAAUUCAUAUGAUGAAUAUGAUGAUGAUAAUUCAUAUGAGAGUAAAAAUAUAAAAAAAAAAAAGAAUAAAACAAAUAGUAGUAUAAAUAAAAAAAUAAAAGAUGAUGACGAAGAAUCCUAUUCUGAUUCCUAUAAUGAUGAAUUCGAUAAAGAAGAUAUAGAUAUAAACAUUUACAAUGAUCCAACAUUAUAUGGUAUAGAAGGUAGUAGUGAUUAUUCAGAAGAUAUGAAAAGUGAUGCAGAUAAUAAUACACAAGAAGACGAUACAGGAAAAGAACAAUUAACAAAUAAUAAUUCUAAAACAUCUAAAAAAAAAAAAGGAAAAAAAAAUAUAGAUGAAAAAAAUUCAGAUGAAGAAGAAAAAUUAGAAGAUAUUGUAGAUGCAUCUACUCAAAGAUUAAUAUCUUAUGAUUAUUAUUCUAGUUUAAAUAUUAAAGAAAUUGUAAAACCAAAUAAUAAAAUAAAAUCAUUAUCUUCUUAUAUACCUAUUGAAGAAAAUUUGGAUAAUCUAGAUCAUAUACAAAAAUUACAAUAUUUAAUUAAAAAUUUACCAUAUACUCAUAUAAAAGAAAAACGAUCUUUAUAUCAUUAUAAUAUUAAACAAUUUAUUAAAUGGAAAGUUUAUUUAUUAAAUAAUAUUAAUAUCUGCUUAUAUGGUAUCGGAUCCAAAUUUCAUUUAUUAAAUCUUUUUACAAAUAUAUGUUUAAAUGAUGGAAAUAAAUGUAUAAUCUUAGGAUUUGAAGAUGAAAUAAAUUUUGAAGAAAUAUUAGUACGUAUAUUAGAAUAUCAUUAUAAAUAUAAAUCAUCCAAAACAUUAAAAUCUUUUGAUUUAUUAUAUGAACUUAUACAAAGAGUUAAUGAUUCUAAUGUACCAUUAUAUUUUAUUAUACAUAAUCUAGAUAAUACUAAACUUUAUCCAUAUUAUGAAUAUUUCUCUUUCCUAAGUCAAUAUGAAAAUAUUUAUUUUGUAUGCUCAAUUGAUGAUGUAUCUUUUGAAUUGAAUAUGAAUUUUAAAAAUAUCAGUUCUAUCAAUUUUUUUUAUAUCAAAUGUCACACAUGGUUAGAUUAUAGACAUGAAAUACUUAGACAAUGGAAUAAAUUCUUGCCUGAAUGGGUAUUCAAUAAAAAAUGUGAAGAAAUCGAUAUCAAGAAAAAUAUAGAAACUAUAUUAAAUGCCUUAAGUAUAAAUCAUAAAAGAUUAUUUAAAAUUAUUGCAUCUAUACAAUUGGAAAAUUUAGAUAAAGGAAUUUACGGAGUUGAAAAAGAAUCCUUAUUACAAGAUAAGAGAAUUUUUACAGUAGGUGCAUCAAGUAUAAGAAUUAAUUCCUUAUUAGUCGAAUUUGUAUCGCACAAUGUUAUAACUGAAACGAGAUUAAAGGAGGGAAAUACAUUUCUCAAAAUAAAUGCAGAUAAGGAAGAACUCAAAAGGAUAUCUGAGGAACUAUAA